AUGUGCAAUGGUGAGUUCACAGAUAAAAGUGCCGACGAGUCGUGGGCCUUCUUGCAUGAAGUUGCCGAGAAAACUCAGCAAUGGGAGUCUGAUAGAGCACCUAGGAAGUCGACCAUCAGGGGUAAUGUUCAUAAAAUAGAGUCUGACUUUGAGGGUAAUGCUAAAAUAAGUUCAUUGGUUAGGAGAGUUGAGGCUUUGGAACUAGAGAAAAGUAUGAAAUCUGCUGCAACUACUUCUUGCAACCAAGUUGAGGUUUCUAUUUGUGCUGCGUGUAAUAGUUCUGAUCAUCUUGUUGAUAACUUCCCACAAUUGCAUGCAUUUCAAGAGUCCAGACCUGAACAAGCUAAUGUUUUGUAUCAAAAGCAUGAGAAUAACCCCUAUUCUCAGACGUAUAACCCAGGGUGGAGAAACCACCCUAAUUUUUCAUGGUCCAAGGGACCUGUACAAGGGGGUACAUCAGGAAAUAUACAAGGAUAUUCAUAUCCUAGAAACCCCCAAGUACAAUCGCACACACAGUACCCUGUAGAGAAAAGGCCUAGCUUUGAUGAUGGUGUAAACCAAGUGAAUCAAAAUAUUUUGCAAUAUCAGAAGAUGGAUGACCAAAGGUUUUCUAGUCUAGAACUUAAGUUGGGACAAAUCUGUGAUGCUCUAAAUGAGAGGGAAAAGGGUAAACUCCCUAGUCAACCUCAGCAAAAUCCGAAAGGCACAUUUCAGGAAAGUACGUCUACUUGUAAUGAGACUGCACAUGCUGUCACCACUCUUCGUAGUGGUAAAAUUGUUGAUAACAAUGUAGGCGUACCACAUACUACUAAUGUUCCUGCCAUUUCCUCAAAGAUCCCUGCUUACGCUAAGUUCUUGAAAGAUCUGUGCACACAAAAGCGAAAGCUUAAUGUGCAUAAGCGUGCCUUUCUUGCUGAACAAUUGGGUCUUGGAGAAUUAAAACCAACACCUAUAACUCAGCAAUUGGCGGACAGAUCUGUCAAAGUGCCACGAGGUGUGGUAGAAGAUGUUAUAAUCAAGGAUUCGUUGUCUAGUAGCAUGUCUGUUGACCCUUUGCAUGCUUGUUUGAAUAAUUUUAACUUGGAUCUGUUUGAUGAUGAAUACAUAACUGAAGUGAAUUCUUUGCUUGAAUCUUCACCUCUCAUGGACACCACCAAAUGGAAAGCUAAAGUAGAGCCACUUCCACUCUCUGAAUCCAAGUCUGUCCCGUCUCUUGUUGAACCACCAAAGCUCGAACUGAAACCAUUGCCUGAUACUCUUAAGUAUGCAUUUUUGGGAUCCUCUAAUACUUUGCAUUUAAUCAUUUCAUCUGCCUUAGAUAUAGAACAGAAGAAAAAUGCUAAACCAUCUAGGGAAAUGCAGAGAAGACUGAAUCCUAACAUGAAAGAAGUUGUUAAGGGUGAGAUUCUAAAACUUCUUGAUGCGGGUAUCAUAUACCCGAUCUCACAUAGCAAAUGGAUUCAUAUUGCACCAGAAGAUCAGGAAAAGACUACAUUUACAUGUCCAUUUGGAACGUUGUCUUAUUGA